AUGUCAUAUCCAAUUCAACAAUAUAAUCCAUAUAACGACGCUCUUUUCGAUAAUAGUUAUGAUGUUAAUCCAUUGGGUUCAGUUUUUGGUCUUGCUGAUCAAAUGAUGUCUACAAUGUUACGUAGUGGUCCAAAUAUUGGUGGUAUAUCAACAUUUAUGAGUUCAGAUUCAAAUGAUCCAAAUGUUAAAGUAUUUGGUUUAAGUUCAAUGAAUGUUACACAAAUAUCAAGUGGACCAGAUGGUCGUCCACAUAUACUUCAAGCACAAGAUGAACGUCGUAUGGGACCAGGUGGAGUUUGGCAAACAAAAAAAGCAUUACGUGAUCCAGAUCGUGGUAUUGAUAAAAUGCAAGUUGGAUAUUUUAUUGGUGAUCGUGGUGAAAUUGUUGAACGUCAAUUAGAUCCAACAAGUGGACAAUAUCGACAUGAUAUUAAACGUCGUGGAAUUGUUCCAAAUGAUCAAAAUUUUUCAAAUCAAUGGAGAAUACAAGCACAGCAAGCUAUGCAACAACCACGUAUUUUACCAUCACAAAUACAACAACAACAAUUGCCUUCAUCUUAUCAACCAUAUCCACAACAAGCUUUACCAUCAUCUAUUCCUUCCUAUCAAUAUUAUUAA